AUGAAGCAUGGAUUCUACAUUUCAGCCUUUCCUAACUAUGAAUACAUCUUCUUUGUUGGAGUGUUGCUGUUGUUUUUAAUGACGAUAUGUGGAAACUUGCUAAUCAUUGUUCUUAUAUGGAUGGCGCCCCAUCUUCACACUCCCAUGUACUUUUUCCUUUUCAAUCUAUCAGUUCAGGAUGUUGUGCAUGUAUCUGCCAUCUUCCCAAAGCUAAUGUCUAUUAUGUUAACAGGAGAUCACAAUAUUUCUUUUUUAGGCUGCUUGGCACAAAUAUUUAUGUUCAUUGUCUGCACAGAAACAGCAUUUUUCUUUCUCACAUCUAUGGCUUAUGAUCGUUAUGUAGCCAUAUGCUGUCCCCUUCAAUAUUCUGUCAUUAUGAACUUUCAGAAAUGUUCCCUGAUGGCUUCGGCUUGUUGGGUUACCAGUUCCCUAAAUUCGGUAAUGCACUGUUUUUUGAUGUCACAGUUAAAGUACUGCUAUCAUAAAGCCAUCAACCAUUUCUUUUGUGAUGUGAGGGCCAUGUUAAAGUUGACAACAGUUGAUACAACACCUAUAAAGACAAUAAUAUUUGUUGAAAUUGUUCUUUUUGGUUGCAUCCCUUUUAUACUUAUAUUAACUUCGUACACACAUAUUAUAUUGACUAUCCGUAAGAUUCGCUCAGCAGCAGGAAGGCUGAAGACCUUCUCCAGCUGCUCCUCACACAUUGGCAUUGUAAUCCUGUUCUUUGGAGCAUCCCUGAUUCAGUAUAUGAACCCAGAGUCUGAGCAGACUGAGGAACAGGACAAGUCGCUGUCUUUGCUGUAUGUUGCUGUAGUCCCCAUGCUAAACCCUUUAGUUUACAGUUUGAGAAACAAAGAUGUUUUAUUAGCCAUGAAAAAAAUGAUGAACCUGUUCUAA